GGAAGAAGAAAGUCACAGAGAUCGAACAUGAUUCUCUCCACUUUCCACUUCUUUGUCUUCUUCUUUCUCCUUCUUUACUUACUUAACCCAUAAGCCAUCAAACCCCCAAAACACAAAACGCAAAACACAAACAAUGUCUUCUCCUCUCUUCUUCUUGUUCCUUAUCUUCUUCCUCUCCAUCGUCUCCGCCGUCAAAUUACCUCUCUCUCCCUUCUCCCACUCCGACCACUCACUUCCUAAAGAUCCUUACCUCUCUCUCCGCCGCCUCGCCGACUCAUCGAUAGCUAGAGCAUAUAAGCUCAAACAUGGCACAUCCGUUAAACCCGACGAAGACGCUCUCUCCUCCGCUUCCACAGCCUCCGCCGCAACCGUCGUGAAAUCCCCACUUUCUGCGAAAAGCUACGGCGGCUACUCGGUCUCCCUGAGCUUCGGCACGCCGUCUCAAGCAAUCUCGUUCGUUUUCGAUACCGGAAGCAGUCUCGUUUGGUUCCCUUGUACCUCGAGGUACCUCUGCUCCGGCUGCAACUUCUCGGGUUUGGAUCCGACCCGAAUCCCUAGAUUUUUCCCCAAGAACUCUUCCUCUUCCCGAAUCAUCGGGUGUCAGAAUCGGAAAUGCCAGUUUCUAUUCGGAGCCAAUCUUAAAUGCCCAGGAUGUGACCCGAAUACCCGAAACUGCACCGUCCCUUGUCCGCCGUACAUUCUCCAAUACGGAUUAGGAUCAACGGCUGGAGUUUUAUUAUCCGAAACACUUGAUAUCCCGGAUCUAACCGUACCCAAUUUCGUAGUCGGAUGCUCAAUUCUCUCGACCCGACAACCCGCUGGUAUCGCCGGGUUUGGACGAGGACCCGAGUCGCUUCCUUCUCAGAUGAAACUCAAAAGAUUCUCUCACUGUUUGGUUUCUCGCCGGUACGACGAUACCAACGUAACCACGGAUCUUGAUCUCGAUGCCGGGUCGGGUCAUAACUCCGGGUCGAAAACCCCGGGUCUUAGCUACACGCCGUUUCGGAAAAACCCCAAAGUCUCAAACGCAGCGUUUCUCGGGUACUACUACCUCAAUCUCCGGCGAAUCUACGUCGGGAAGAAGCAGGUGAAGAUCCCGUACAAGUUUCUCGUGCCGGGAACAAACGGUAACGGAGGAUCCAUCGUUGAUUCCGGAUCCACAUUCACGUUCAUGGAGCGACCCGUGUUUAGCCUCGUCGCCGAAGAAUUCGCGGCGCAGUUGUCGAACUACACCCGCGAGAAAGACGUGGAGAAGGUCACCGGAAUCGGACCGUGUUUUAACAUCGCCGGGAAAGGAGACGUGGAGAUCCCGGAGCUGAUUUUUGUGUUUAAAGGUGGAGCAAAGAUGGAGUUGCCGUUAGCUAAUUUUUUCACGUUCGUUGGGAGCACUGAUACUGUUUGUCUCACGGUGGUUUCCGAUAACACUGUGAAUCCCUCCGGCGGGACUGGUCCGGCGAUUAUACUGGGGAGUUUCCAGCAGCAGAACUAUUUAGUUGAAUACGAUUUGGAAAAUGACAGGUUUGGGUUCGCCAAGAAGAGGUGUAGCCCUUGAGAUUCCAGGGGUAAAUUUGGAAAUUUUACUUGAUGAAGAUCAAUUUUUAUGUUUUUUUUUCCGAAAAAAAAAUAGAGGGUGUUUAAAUGUUUAUAAAUUGUGACAAAAAUAUGUAAGAGAAGUAAAAAUAAAAUUUAACUGUUUUUUUUCAUAUGCUAAAAUUGUCGACGCUAGACAUUAUUAUCAAAUAACAGUGAUGAUUGCACA